UAUCAUCUUCCCUCAAUAAUUGAUCGGAUUAGCGCUAUUGCUCUAAAUACCGGUAACCCUGAUUUGGAAUCACCGGUUGGUCAACCUCCGGCCAUAUUCCCGGCAACUCCCUUACCACAUUCCACUUUUUGGGCUUUUUCUGGCGACUCCCUCCCUCUACCCCAUUUCCGGCACAAGUUAAGAGGACGAAAUAUGGUUUCAGACGGUGACGGUGAUUCUUCGCGGUUUAGACGCGGCAGUAAUGAUCAGGUGGCGUUUCUUUUUUAUGUUCUUUGCUGGUGGUUCCCUGAUUUCAACAGGCAAAGGAGAUGGUUUUGCAGUGAAUAAACCCAGUCUCGGCGGUUCUGAAGGCGGUACACAAAGCCCAUAACCAAGCAAUCAAAGGAAUACAAGUGAUACGCUGAAUGCUGAUCACGAACGUGACGUAUGCAAUGAUGAUUAGUAACUUGUAUAAAGUGAGGCUUUGAGCCUAGUGAAAAGCCAUUCUCAGCUGCAAUAUUUUUGUACACUUUGCCAAACAUUUUAGCAGUGUGAGGAUCAAGGCUGAGCAAUACUACUAUCCUCCGGGAAUAUUGGUGAAAAUGGAGGAUGAGCGCAAAGUCCCCUUAUUGAAGAAGGUAUAUUAUGAGGAUUGUCCUGGAUGUAGGAUUGAAAAGCGGAAAGAUACUGACGACCGGAUACCAUGGAAAAUGCUGGUUAGCAUUUGGAUCAUCGUGCUUGGCAAUGCUCUGCCAAUAUCAUCGCUCUUUCCAUUCCUUUAUUUCAUGAUUAGAGAUCUUCAUAUAGCCGAGCGUGAGGAAGAUGUGGGAUAUUAUGCAGGUUUUAUUGGAUCUGCUUUCAUGUUUGGGCGGGCAUUGACUUCUGUCUUUUGGGGGAAACUUGCUGAUCGAUAUGGUCGAAAACCUAUUAUCAUUAUAGGAACAACAGCUGUGGUAAUUUUCAACACUAUGUUUGGUCUGAGUGUAAACUUUUGGAUGGCAGUCUCAUCAAGAUUUCUUUUAGGAAGUUUGUGUGGAAUACUUGGACCUGCUAAGGCAUACGUAUCUGAGGUUUGUAGGGAAGAACAUCAAGCUGUAGGCAUGUCUGUGAUCACUACAGCUUGGGGCAUAGGAUUAAUUAUUGGGCCGGCUCUUGGAGGUUUACUUUCCCAGCCUGCGGAAAAAUACCCUCAGAUAGUUUCCAAAGAGUCAUUAUUUGGAAGAUUUCCAUACUUAUUGCCCUGCCUUUGCACAUCUUUUUUAGCGGCGGUAGUCGCUGUUGGUGCGUUUUGGCUUCCGGAGUCAUUACACAAACACAAACCAAAGAGUUUAUCAGAGGAUGAGUCAUGUGAAGCUUUGGAAGCUGCUACCCACUGCCUAGAUGAUAAUAGCAGCGGUAAAGAAGUUAGAGGAAUAGCAGAAAAUUCUGCGAAAAGCUUAUUCAAGAAUUGGGCUCUGAUGUCCUCUGUUAUCGUGUAUUCUAUUUUCUCACUUCAUGAUAUGGCAUACACUGAGAUAUUCUCAUUAUGGGCAGUAAGUCCAACGACACUUGGGGGAUUAAGCUAUUCAUCGGAAGAUGUUGGUGUUGUUCUUUCUUUCACAGGUUUCGGCAUGUUGGUUUUUCAGCUCAUCUUUUAUCCAUAUAUUAACAAAUACUUCGGCCCCAUUAUGUUAACUCGGAUUUGUGGGGUGUUGUCACUACCUGUAUUACAAAGUUACCCUUUCAUAGCAUUGUUGUCAGGGAUGAGCCUUACUUUCUUGUUAAAUUUUGCCUCUGUGAUCAAGAAUGUUUUAUCAGUAUGCAUCAUUACCAGCACAUUUAUUCUACAAAACAGAGCUGUGGACCAAGAUCAACGUGGAGCUGCUAAUGGCAUUUCUAUGACUGCCAUGUCCCUUUUCAAAGCAAUUGGCCCAGCUUGUGGCGGCGCAUUGCUUUCUUGGUCAGAAAAGCGUCAAGAUUCUUCCUUUUUCCCAGGCACCCACAUGGUCUUCCUCCUCCUCAAUGCGGUGGAAUUAGUAGGAGUGUUGUUAACUUUGAAACCAUUUUUAGUUGAACGUAAAGACUAAAGAUUGUAAAGUUACAACUCCAUUAGAGAUAGUUAUUGUGCAUGGUUCUUGGAGGAACUUAACAAGGUUGAUAUGGAGAUACUGGCCUGUGGGUUGAACUAGUUCAAAAAAUGGGUUCAAAGGUCUAUACAUCAUGGUUUGGAGUUAGGAUCCAAGAUGAAGGCUGAUUCUGUAGAAUUCUUCAGUGUUAUGCAAGCUCCUGCUUCAUAUACUCUGGAAAUUAGAUCUGUUUGUUGUUAUUGAUAUUAUUUCCUUAUGUAACACUUGGAAUAAAAGUAUUAUAUUCUGAUUUAGUUGAGAACUAGUCAAGUCUGCCAUGAAUUGGUCAUAUGAGCAACAAGUAAUAAAAUCAGUACUUCAUACUAUAA